AUGACCCCAGCAGCUAACGCCAUCCUCCCACCAUCCUUGAACCUCAAUGACGAGAAAGAAAAAAGCGGAUCCGAUGACAAAAAUUUUGGUCCAAACAAGAUAGAUGAGAAAAAAAGAGGGAAAGAAGAAAUGCAAGUGGAGCCACAUUGCAGUAUCAUGAAUGGAGAGGGAGGAGAGGAUGAGGAGAGUGUCUAA